UAGUCGUGAUUACAUCAUGUGUUCAACGUACACGUGAAAGACGGUAAGCAUAUUUGCAUAAACCGGUAAUAAGGUUUUUCUUGGAUUGGAAUUCACUGCGUCAUGGUUAAGACUGUCUUAUCGACUGCUCGCUGUUUCUGAGCGACAGACUUUGGUCACGUGACUUGGGGAAAACAUGGCGCAGCCCACGGAAGUAGGGAAAGUGGACGAACCAACAGAACAAAGUUUGGAGUAUGUGAGGCCUCGUCAGUGGAUCCAGUGGAGACCUACAUCAAUGGCGCAGCUUGUGCAGGUGGAGCAGCGCAUUUUAAAAUGUGUGAAGAGUUUGAUAGACUCUCGUUUUGUUACAAUAAGGACGACUCAGUCUCGUAUCUGGUCUGUGACUCUCAACAGGAAGGCUGAGAACACUCCCCUAGUGAUGGUACAUGGCAUGGGAGGUGGGCUCGGUCUUUGGGUACAGAACAUGGACGCUCUGGCACAGAACAGGCCCGUUUAUACAUUUGACCUCCUUGGAUUUGGGCGGAGCUCACGACCCAAUUUCAGUAGUGAUCCCAAAAUAGCUGAAGACGAGUUUGUCAGUUCCAUAGAGGAAUGGCGCAAGGAAAUGAAGCUAGAAAAGUUUAUACUGUUAGGACACAGCCUGGGUGCUUUUGUAUCGAGUUCGUAUGCGAUCCAACAUCCAGACAGAAUAAAGCACCUUAUUCUAGUGGAUCCCUGGGGGUUUCCGGAGAAGCCCCCAGACAACCAGAUACAGAGACGGGUCCCCACAUGGAUCAGGAUGAUUGCUACAAUGUUGCAACCCUUCAAUCCCCUGGCAGGACUGAGGGUGGCAGGCCCCUGGGGUCCCGGUCUAAUCAAACGUUUUCGCCCAGAUCUUCAAGCCAAGUUUGCUGAUCUUUUCGCCGAUGAGACAAUAUUUGAUUAUAUCUAUCAUUGCAAUGCUCAGAAACCAAGUGGAGAAACUGCGUUCAAAACGAUGCAGAUGUCCUUUGGCUGGGCUAGAAAUCCAAUGAUAAACAGAAUAACCGAUGUUGCGCCCCAAGUCUCUAUGACCUUCAUCCACGGGUCAAGGUCAUGGAUUGACCAACAGAUAGGUCACCAUGUUAAGAAGCUUCGGACUGACAGUUAUGUUGUUGUACAGAGCAUCUCAGGGGCCGGUCACCACGUGUAUGCAGACAAGCCGGUGUUAUUCAACAAUGUGGUGAAGAAAGUGUGUGACAGUGUUGACACACCCAGCAGGAGUCGACGGGACUCGGAACGGACACGUUCUCGCGGAAUUAGUCAGUCCCUGUCUGACAUCAGCAGAGACCAGCCAGUGGAUACCUCAUUUAAUGCUAAUUUAUGACAUGGCUAGCCCUAGAUACAGUUUGAUACAUUUGGUAUUUUUUUAUCCAUGACGGUCUGCACAAUGAGCAGGGGUACUGAGACGUUGCAUUUGAAUUAUCAAAAUAAAAUACAAAUUCUCAUCUCAUCAUAGCCAGAGCAGUGAUAUGUAUUCACACAAAUGGGUAAAUAUACAAAGAUUGAUGAAGUCGUUCUCAUACUCUGGAGCCUCAAUAAUUAUGAUGUUUAUUAAUCUAUCAGUUAAUGAUUACAACUACAGAGAAAUAAUAAUCAUUUUCACAGACAAGGUCUUGACUAGCAAUGGGCAUAAGACCUUGGAGAGUAGUCUCCCUUUGACAGAAAAGAUUUUCGAAAACAAAUCAUUAACUGGAUGAAGGUUUUUACCAUUUUGAUUACCGUACUUUUCAAAGUUUACAACAAUAUUUUUAUUUUCUAACUGCACCAGAUUUAUUUGUCUUUACUCUCUGAUGCAUCAUGUUUUCAAAAAUAAUGUCACUAUUUGAUGUGAAGUUGAUAUUUCUAUAUCAGGCUAUAUUAUAAUUUCAUUUUCUUAUUUGUCACCUCUCAAUCUCUCAUGGAAACCUGUAAAAUUGUGUUUCCGAGUCGUGUCAAUGACUUGGUCAGUUUUUACAAAAUGUGGAAAUUGCCUCCACACUUGCAACUGAUAAUCAUUUUCUGUGGCAUUGAUUGAAGUAUUGUAUGUAUCAAAACCGUUUGUUUAUAUUCUUUAUGUACAUGAUUUAAGUUACAUGCCACUCAGGUAACCAUGGUAUCAUGUGACCAUACACAGCCUCUGUUUGGAGUUGUUACCAUGGUAGCAGUGGCUUAUCAACCAGUGAAUGUAAAUAUUUGUAAUCAUGUGACCAUGCACAGCCUCUCUUUGGAGUUGUUGCCAUGGUAGCAGUGGCUUAUCAACCAGUGAAUGUAGAUAUUUGUAAUCAUGUAACCAUACUCAGCCUCUCUUUGGAGUUGUUGCCAUGGAAGCAGUGGCUUAUCAACCAGUGAACGAAGAUAUUUGUAAUCAUGUGACAAUACACAGCCUCUCUUUGGAGUUGUUGCCAUGGUAGCAGUGACUUUUCAACCAGUGAAUGUAGAUAUAUUUCUUUUAUAUGCCAGAAGGAUGUGCCUUUAUCUAUACUGAGCAUGAACACUUUCAUAACAUGGAAAUAAGACAUUUUUGGGACAAAAGUUUAAUUAUUUUUGUAUGCAAGCAAAUUAAAUCACACUUCCAUAUAUUUGUGUCAUAAAACAUUUAUGAUAUGUCAGUGUUAUUUCACAUCACAUUCUCACUUCCUAAUAUGAAGCUAGUGCCAGUGUUUUACAUAAUAAUUGUUGUAGUUUUCACGUUGCUACAUUUGUAAUAUAACACGUUAUUUUAUUUUGUAUGUAUAUGGAGAUAUUUCUUUUAUUACCUACUGUUUAGUACUUCUCAACAAACCAUCCAAAACCUACCCCAAAAUCACAAACACUAUAUGUAAAUCAUUCUGAGUUUUACUUUACCAUUCAAAUCAACAUGUUAUCAUGGUAGGCAGUGCGCAUACAAAAUGUCAUCAGAUGCACAAAAAAAGGGGGGGGGGGUCCGCACAUGCACCAGGCAUGACAGAUUAACGAUAGUCGUUUGAAAAAAUCAGGUGUUCUUUAACUUCUUUUGAGUUGUUUACCACCUGACACUAAACAAGACAUACUUAUUCAACAUUUUUUUAUCCAGGCCACAUAGGAUAUGGAGAAUUUCAUGCAGAAGUUGUGCAAGUUAAGUAUUGUGAUAUAAUCACACCUGUAUUUGAUAUGUCAUAGACAAUCAGAUAGUCCUGAAAUGAAGCUAAUAAGAUCAAUUCCAAGGAAAUCUUAACGAGCAUGAUAGAAGCGAUAACAAAGCUAGAGUGUGUGAGGGAGUUUGAUUUUACGCUGCUUUUAGCAAUAUUCCAGCAAUAUCACGGCGGGGGACACAAGAUUUGAGCCUCACACAUAGAUUCCAUGUGGGGAAUCGAACCCAGGCCUUCGGCGUGAUGAGUGAACACUUUUAUCACAAGGCUACCCCACCGUCUCCACAGCUGGAGAGGGGCGGUCGGGUAGCCUAGUGGUUAAAGUGUUCGCUUGUCACGCCGAAGACCCGGGUUCGAUUCCCCACAUGGGUACAUAGUGUGGAGCCCAUUUCUGGUGUCCCCUGCCUUGAUAUUGCUGGAAUAUUGCUAAAAGCAGGGUAAAACCAUACAUGUGCAAAGGAGAUGUAGAAAAUAGUUGGCUACCUGUCUGUGAUAACUGGCUGGCAAUGGAGCAUAAUAAUGAAGCCAGUACGCAGCAUUAUUGAAUAUACAUGUUUAUUAUUCAGCUGGAAUGGUUUGGUUGAUGUGAGGCAUGACCAACCACAUUUCAUGUUACACUUGGUUUCUGGUAAUGUACCACUUGGCAUGACCCAAUUGCGUGGAUCGAUGCUCAUGAUGUCAAUCACUGGAUUGUCUGGUCCAGACUCGAUUAUUUACAGACCGCCGUCAUAUAGCUGGAAUACUGCUGAGUGUGGCGUUAAACAACAAACAAACAAACAAAACCAAUUGGCAUCAGGCGAAAAAGUGGUUAUUUUCCUUUUGAAUGAAAUCUUUUAAAAUUGAAUAAAAUAAAAUUGUUCUUUUUACUAUGAUUUUUUUUUUUUUUUUUUUUUUUCAAUUAAACAGUUUUUUUUCCCUUUUGUACCUUUUACAAUUUUAGGGUAGAUCUUUUCUAAUAAAAUGAGAAUGUUGUGUAAUUUGAGUUUGUUGGUCUGGUUUAAUCCAGUAGUAAGUGUGUGCUCACUUUAAGCCAAACAACCUUUUCAGUAUCUUACCAUACCCCAACUGGGAGUAAAAAAUACAUUCAAAUAUAAUCCUGAACAAAACAAAUUAGGGAUCAUGAAUAUUAUGGGGGGGAUAUUUAUAUGAAAUUGACUGCUCAGUCUUCAUAAAAUAUCCCCCAAAAUAUUCAUAAUCCCAAACUUAUUUUGUUCCAUAUAUUAUAAAAGAUAUGCUAGACUCAUUCGCCACCAUUCGUUAUAUUUUGAGUGGUUUCGGAUAAUGGUUCAGGAUGUAAUGGGGAUCAUAGUAUGCAAGUGUGCAAGCUUAUCACAUUGGGGAAGUCAUUUCUUAAAUAGGUUAUAUAGACCAAUAAAUAAUACAAAGAGAAAUUAAAACCUUUGAUAGAAGAUAUGUGUGUAUUGAUGUGGUUUGGAUUAUGCGGUCAUAAACACGUUCUUGUCAUUGAGUUUUAUAUAUUGAUAGAACCAAAUAUUUUUUGGUCAUGUCAUAGGUGAUGUGUUCAUUUUGCUGUUAUUGAACACCUUAAAACCAUGAUGAAUAGAUUUUUAUAACAGUUAUGUUUUAAGUUGAAUGAUUUCAGGACCACUACUACACUAAUAUUGAAUUGUUUAUGCUCAUCUGGAGCUGUAAAAGCCCAGGUGAAGAUUAUGCCGUUACUUUUGUGAUAUGUGUAUCAGGAAAUUGUGUCUCUGCUUCAAGUGUGGCAGUUUGUAGACAAUUUUCAAUAAAACUGACAAUUAUUAA